GGAUACCAUCAUGAUUUCAGCCUGGAUCUUGAUUACAUUUUGUGGUGAGUGAGAAUUCUUUCAUGCGAAUGAUUAAUACGCAAAUUUCACUUCACUGAUCAUUCGUGCAACAAAUGCAUCUAGAAGUCCCAUCUGUUUGCUUUUACAGGCCAGAAGUUUGAAUUAUCAUUCUGAACUUGAUUUUGCUCUGUCUGCCGACUUUUAAUCGCCAAUUUAAUCUCAUUUAACUUGAUCUUUCGUGCAUUGUUGUUCUUUCUUCAUUGCUGUCUUCUUCGCUCGGGUUCGCUCAGAGUUCGCGGUCCCUUUUUUUUCAUCGAUCGAGUGGAUACCUUUCAAAGAAGGUUCUUAAUUCAACGUGUUAGAAUUUUCAGCAAUUCAUGCCCAAACUGAUAAUAGAUCGUUCGCUGAAUGGGUUUAGACAUGAAUAAAGAUACUUUGCAUUCUUAGGCUACUUUAUUUUAAGGAAUGUCAAAUCGUUUUAUGUCGUCACACGCAAAUGGAGAUUUGAUUCUCACACUCAAAUAGAAAGAAAACGUGAACUCGAUGAAUAAGUUAUUUCUGACACGAGAGGAAGUUAACAUAAACAAUUGAUGAUAAAAUAUAACGACAACGCCGGCAAGUAUAUUUCAACUUUUUUUCCUGACUGUGCAUUCAUUGAAGCGAAUAGCGGUUCACGUAUGAAGUUUUGCCAACAGGUGACUUUUAUGUCCUAGUUUUUUAUUUUACACUAGGAGCCAUGAAUACGAAAAAUUCCUGAUAAUACUAGAUUCAGUAAAAUCCGAAACCGACACAAUUUCAUCUACGGUUCACCAUAUGAUUUCGGUCGCUGUACACGGAUUCUUGCAAGGUGUUAUUUACGACAUUGGAAUUUUUUUUUACAAUUAAGAUUCGCUCUUUUACGUUUGUUUCUUGUAUGAUAUCAAUAUGAUUUUCAAACGGUUGUACGAAUACUUUUUCCACUCACAUUAAUAACUCUGAGUUUCGAAACUUCAAUAUAAAAAAAUUGACCAUCAAAUCCAACACUUCCUUUAGAUCUUACGUAUGCAGUAGGUAACAAUAAGUCUAUAAGUUAAUGGCGUUAAGUCUGAUUUCCAUCCCGUCUUCUCUGGUUUACUUUAAGGUUCCAUAUUAGGAGUUCUAUUAUUUCUUAUCUAUAUCAAUGUUAUCCCUAAGUCAACUACUUACUUUUCUAGUAGAUUAUAUGCAGAUGAUACAUCUCCAAGAGUCUCUGGAACCAACCUCGACAUUCAAUUAAAUGACAUAAAUAACCAUCUACUUACUGUUUACGAAUAGUUAUGUAGUAAUAAAUUAACCUCAAAUCUUUCCAAAACUAUAGAUAUUAUCUUUACACCUCGGCAAAGGAAAAUUCAAAAUCUACAUCCACCAUUGAAAAAUAUCGAACAUUUGUUUAGAGCAAUCUUCAUGUAUCAAGUACCUAGGUGUUUAUAUAGACUGUCAUCUAGCUUAGCAUGACCACAUUGAUUACAUGAGUAGUAAAAACUUCACCAAACGAUCAACACACUUAGAUGCAUUUAUUAUUCUCUGAUUUAUCCAUAUCCUACGCAUGGCUGUACACACUGGGGAAAUAAUUAUAAUGCUCUUUCAAUGACAAUUCUGUGGAGUGGCAGUGGGGUUUUCAAAGCUUGUACAGUCUUUUCCUAUGCAUUCCUAUGCUCUUAUGUCAAUUUUUUAGAAGAAAUUCUAGAGGACUAAAUACUGACAACUUGAUUAGAUAUUUGCGCUAUUCUUUUCUGGUUUUCUUUCGAGGCACGAAACGGCUCGGAACGCUUUUUGAAAUUAACUGAGGCAGCCUGUUUAAAAUCUGCGAGAAAAGACCAUUUUAGAGCUGUCGAUCUCAACAAUAUCACGCGGGUGAUAUUGUUCAGAUGACCUUAAACUUUUUAGCAUCUGGGAUGAACUGUUUCUACUACUUACGUUGAGACACGUGUUCACAUGUUCGUUCUUUGUAUUUGUUGCAGUUGCCUCCCUGACUCUGGUGACAAGUGAUGGUAAGUAUAAAUGUUCGUCUUACAUGUCUGCAUUUUAAUCAACAAUUUUCGUCUUUGUUUAAGUCAACUAGAAUUCUCAUUCUUAGUAAAGAUAUGGUAACGAAGGUGCUCGUUUGCAACACAUUUACAAUUUCUAUUUGCUUGAAUUCUUUUGUCUGCAGUAAGAAACCAAGAGAGUAACUGAAAGAUACCUUUUUUUUUCAGCCUGCAUCUCUCCUGGAGAAUCCAUUAAUGCUACUAGAGGUCACAUUUCCAGCCCCAAUUUUCCCAAUAACUAUAGCAAAAACAGGAUUUGUACCUGGAAUAUCACGGUACCCGGUGGGAAAAUCAUCAAACUGACGUUCUUGAACUUUACCCUGGUAGCAAAUGAAAACGAUGACUGUGCUGGAGCGGCAAAAGAGAGUGCCCGAGUCUUUAUCACAAACGUUGCCUCUCAUGGAGGAAAUCCCAAUGACUUUAAGAUCUGUGGUCAAAAGCUUCCUCCUCCUGUGUACUCCGAGGGAAACUUCAUUCAAGUGAGAUUUGAAUCUAGCACCGGCACUGUAAACAAAGGGUUCAAUGCAACCUUUGAGGCGAUAGAUGGAGAUUCAUGUAAGAGCUUUUCUUCUAUAGUAGUUUAUUAACUGGAAGCAUACAAGUGUACUGAGCACGUAACCCUAUUAAACUGAGCGAGAAUUAUGUUGAAUAUAUCAUGCAAAUAAUAACGUAGGCAAUCUUUGAACAGCGAUAGUCUGUAGAAAAAUCUUCAGCCCGAGUCUUCACCACAAACGUUGCCUCUCAUGAAGGAUAUCCUAAUGACUUCAAGAUCUGUGGUCAAAAGCUUCCCCCUCCUGUGUACUCCGAGGGAAACUUCAUUCAAGUGAGAUUUGAAUCUCGCGCCGGUCUUGUAAACAAAGGGUUCAAUGCAACCUUUGAGGCGAUAGAUGGAGAUUCACGUAAGAGCUUUUUCUUCAGGAGUAGUUUAUGAAGGAAGUAUAGAAGUGUACUGAGCAUGUACCCUACUGAACUAAGCGAGAACUAUGUUGAGUAUAACCUGAAAAUAAUGAGGUAGACAAUCUUUGAACAGCUAUAGUCUGUAGAAAAAAAAUUGAAUGUAUUAAAGCCUUUCACUCGGACGCAAGCUCUUUAUAUUUCAUGUUGGUUACAUUGAUUUAUGUUUAAACCCGUCAACAUACGGAAAAGGAGCUGUAGGCGGUAUUGGAAAUCAACCAGUUAGCCACACUGGAGUGUAAAAAUCAAAACUAAACCAGUUUUCGAUGCCUGACACAGUCUUUGUUACUCUUAGUAGGCGGUAUUAAAAAUCAUCCAGUUGACCACCGUGGACUGUAAACCUCAUUAAAACUUAAACAGUUUUCGGAGAAAAAGAAGCUUCCUUAAGAUUUUUCUUUGAAUAAAUUAAGUUUCUUACAGUAAGUAAGAUGCAUUUUACUAAAGCUGGCAGUCUUUGUUACUCUUUUCAGUGUGCCCAGCAGAUAUGAUCCUCGAUGAAACCUCAGGUUCUUUCUCCUCUCCCUUUAAUCCAAGAAACUAUCCAUUCAACCAGACAUGUAGCUGGAAGAUUAUAGGGAAACAAGGAUACCGUGUUGAGCUCACAAUACCAGACUAUAAUCUACAAGGUUGUGGUGGUGCUGCUUGUUUGUGUGAUUAUUUGGAAGUUCAGAAUAGCUUCAGUGAUAAAGCGCUACCUGGAAAACUAUGUGGUACACCAAGGUUUAUUCCUUUAAAAUUUUAUUCACUGCACGAAAGCUUGAGGGUGGUGUUUGUGUCCGAUGAUACAAGCAUGGAUUAUGACGGAUUUGAGGCAACUUACAAGCUGUUGAACUACAGUCCUCCAAGUAAGUAGAGAAAACAACUUGGUGAGAUCUAAGAUUUCGCUGAAAGAAGAUGUAAUUUUGCCAAAUAAUGACACAAAUUAUUAAAACCGAGAUCUGAGGUAUCUACUGAAGCCGAAGGCUGAAGCAGAUAACACAGGCAAGAGGUUUGAUUAUUCCUGAUAUCAUGCGAAAAACGAGUUCAAUAAUUGCAUAUUAUAGGAGGCACCUCUGUUUGAGUUGGCAAAAUAUUGAGUUCACUACACGGACGAGGAGUUUAAAAAAUUAGGCAAGCUUUGAACUCGACAUGAUUAAUGCAAUAUCCACUGCAGAUAUUAGCCUAUUAUGUCAAUUUCACACGUCAUUAUAUAUCGAUUAACUGCUCUCAACCAAUCAAAUUUUUGUAGUAAGUCUAAAGUAUAAUGAUUAUUAAUAUCGUGCUCCACCUCAUCCAUUCACUUAUUAUUAUUGAAGUUAAUUAGAGAGGAAGCUCGCUCUUUUAAUGAUUGUUGAAUGUAAACAUCUCUGAUAUGUCAAUGUAAGCGGUGGUGUACUGGGAAUCUAAUACAUGUUGCUUUACCCACUUCCCACUUUUUCUCCUCGAUUCUUGGUUGUUCACUUUUCUAAACUUGAUAUUAUUGUUCGGGGCAACUCUCUUAUGUAGGCCAUGUUUUUGUAAACCUCUUUUCAAAAGGGUAUGGAUUUUGAUCAAUGGCCGAAAUAGUCUAAGAUCCAUUUUAUUGUUUACCAAGGGAACCACGAGAGCGUAUAAAAGGUUUUUUUUUUUCCUUUAACUUCUGAUAAACGAUAUGGUUACAGAAGAAAGAAAAUUAUACUAUUCAAGCUGAAAUUCAGGUAAGUUUUACCAAGAUUUUUCUGCAGCAGUGAUGCGAAGUACAAUGAAACAUAGCCAGUGGUGGGUCUGGAAACCAGUUUGGAAAAUGACACAUUUUGGUUUGGAAUAGUGUCGAAAUUUGAGAAAUCGGGCGCCUCACGGUGAUGGUGUCUACUCAUUCUGCUGGACUUCGCUGCUUGAAAGCCUUGAAAAUUUAUUUCAGAUCUACACAUUUUACUUCUCCUCUUGAAUUGCGACGAUCUAAUAUUUCCUAAGUCAUUACACAAAUUUUCUUUCGUUUGCAGCUUAAUGCGCUUUGGCCGAUGUGAAUUUCCUUCGAAACAACCAUAUAUUUAGCCUCUCUCCGUCGUAAAUACAUGAAAAUUCUCGAUCUCACACUCACAUGGAAUAUUUUUAACUUUCAACAGUUUGUCCAAAGGAAGCAAUUCGUCUCUCAGGAAACGGCACAAUAAGCAGCACAAACUACCCAAAGAGUAACUACAAUGCGUCCAGAAAUUGCACCUGGAUCAUUACCGCACCGCCUGGAAAAAUUGUAAAUUUUACAUUUACUUACUUUGUCUUAAGUGAGUGUUCAGCUAAACGUUGUUCGGAUUCUUGUUCUUAUGUGGAGCUUUAUGAUGGCGGGUCAACAAGCUCUUCGGAUUCACCCCUGGGACGAUUUUGUCAGGGGUCGCCUUUGGAGGAGCCUCGGUUCUCGUCUGGAAACCAAAUGUUCGUGAUGUUCCAUCCUGGACAAACAGUUGAUCGUGGAUUUGAAGCGAAAUAUUCAGCAUCUACUCCCAAAACAACAACGUCACCGCCUACAACAAAAACAACAUCGACAAGUGAAUCGGAAACGACAAAUAAAUCGGAAACGACAAAUGAAUCGGGAGAGGGAAAAGGUAAAUUUUCUAUGAAUUUUCUUUGCAUUGAAUUUUCAAAAUUAAUCAAUGCUUUUUGUUAUGAGAAAGUUAAACUUCUACGACCGACUUCUCUUAUGAUUCAUUAUCGCUGAAGGCAUCGUUUGUAUUUUUUGCUCUUCAGUUACUAGUUUCAAUCAAAAGAUAAUGUGUUAGCCCGCCUGUAAAAGCCAGUAAAUACUUUUAACAAUACUCAGCAACAGUUUACAAUUAUUCGCCGAAGUGGAGGUGGAUAGUAGUGGAUAUUUACCGAGCCGAAAAGUGGCGAAGUGAAUAUCCACCACUUUUACCGACACUGACAGAGGUAAAUAAUUAUAAUUAACUUUUUUUUCUAUAAAACCACACAGAUAACAAAAAAUAAGUUUACUCCUUUCAAUAUACCGAAAAAUUUUCGGAAAUUAAUUACUUGGCGCGCGAUUUAGCUAACCGGUUGUUGAGAAGUGAAUGGUACUUGCUAUUCACUACCUAACGAGCCAAUUAGGGCGCGAAAAGCACUUUUCACUUGUUUGGUAUUAAUACUACUGAACUUAAAAAACAAUUGAUAUGAGGAUAAAAAGUAGUUAGCCUUUUUAAAAGCUUAAAAAACCGAGUAUAAAUUAUUUGAAUAAAAUAGGUGAUCUUUCGCCAAACAUGCCUUAACCCAUAAAGCGAACUCCAUGUCGAUAAGCUCAUCCGGCAAGCUGACAAUCAGUUCUUCCAAAUAUUUCGUUGAUGGGAGAAAUCCACGGGGUGGGGGUGGGGUUCGUUAAUGCCGUUCUCAUGUAGCCCAGGUUUGAUAAUGAGUUUUAUUGGGUCUCUGAGUUGACAGAUUACCUUAUUGAUCGAGAUUGUUAGAUGAUGUUCUUCAUCUAAAUAUCUUUGUCAAUCAAUGAUCAUCAAAUGCGACUAUUAACUUAAGCAAUUCUUUAAGAUUUUCUAACUGUCACAAUUAAUUGUAGAGUCAAAGAGAUCCUUAUCGGAAGGCGCCAAAGCAGCAAUAGCGGUGGUUGUUGUGAUGAUUGGUCUACUUGUCUUAGUUGGGAUUUUGUAUUACCUUCGUCGCGGUGAGUCUGCUCUUUUUUUUCUUUUUUUCUUGAAGGAAAAGGGUGUUGUUCAUUGGCUUUCCACCAGUGUGUCAUGGAUUCGAGAGGAGACCAGAAAUGUUCGAAACUGUUAAGAAUUGUUAUCAGGAAUGUGAAAGAUGAGACCAAUUUAAGGGCCGGGGGCACUGGGCUGACAAAAUUUGUUUUGCUCCACCAAAAGUCUCGACAAAAUUUGUCUCAACCAACCACUUCGGGCGCACUGAAAAACAGCAAAAUAUUUGUUUAUCACUAAAUGUCAAUCACAGGGAUAUUCAAAUUGAGCAGUACUUGAACCUGGGGAUUCAGCUUAAACCUAAAAUUCAUGGAAGCUAUAAUAGUUGUAUUCUGAGUAUCUUGAGUACUGAUCGUUAUGCUACAUCCCGAGGUACAAAUCCUCUACCUUCACUAUUUGAUUGCCGCAUAAAAAUGAAAUAUAUUUUGGCGGCCUUCUGCCUGAAAACUCAUAUUUCAAAAGCGAGCACAAAUUUUGUUGAUUGGCGUAUUCCUUCAAAUCGUGGCUUGUAAAUUAAUAAAAUCUGUCUCGCUUCGAGGCAGAACGACCGCGCAUUUGUAGAUUGGUAGAGCUUGACAAAUUUUGGCAGAACAAAAAAUCAGUCUCACUGAGCUGACGACAGAUUUUUUGCAAAACAAACAACAAUUUGCCCAGUGCGCCUUGGCACUUACUCUCUGUGUAUUUAGCAGAGGGAACUGGCGGGCUACGUUCUUUUUAGGAGAGCAUUUUGAGAUUAGCUUAUUAAACAUGCGGCGAGCAAGCUACUUAUCAACUUAUUAUGAAAACCAAGCUUGAUUGAAAGCAACGAAAAUAUCACCUUUCCAACAAUGUGACUGCACAAGGAGAGUGGCAAGGGAGUGGCUUAAUGUACGUAAUCACUUUGGGGAGCUCGUCUGUUUAGAUACUUAGGUGAUACCCAUACUCUCCCAAAAAUAUUAAUUUAAUGUAUACAUACUUCUUUUCCUUAUCAUAAUGCCAAUUUUUUUUCUAAUAGGUCGAAGAGGACACAGGGCCGAGUUUGAGGUGGCUGUAUUGGAUAAACUGGAAUCGAAGAACCAAAGCGACUUCAAUGUCAGCCAAAUCUCUACGCACCAUACACCUGGUAUCGAGAAACAGUCUCAUGAGUUACAAUCUUUCUCUAACGAAAGAUAUCCCAGUUAAGCGUGUAUAACAUUGUUUUUAUGAAUAGCCUUUUCCAGGCUCUCAGUCAGGGAAGACGAGCGAAAGAACAGACGCAUGACAAACGACAGUUUUGGUUGUCAAGGCAACGGCUGCCUCACUCCCCACCUCCUGUAGCUUUUUGUGCUGUCACUUUUUCGCUCAUUUUCAUUAAUUGAGAGAAUGGAACCAGCUAGAUCAUUGAAUAAUAAGGAAGUUAGCACAGUUUAGGGUUAGAUUCAAAGAAGAUCACUUGCAGUUAUGGCCAAAGAUCUCUCUUGGUUUUAAAGGUUAAGUAUGAUCAGCAUUUCUUAGUGAAAAUGAGAUGUAAUUUAAUAUGCUCGAAAGGAUGAGAAAUUGUGUAAUUUUGUAUUUUUUUUUUUAACGGAAAAUCGAUGGGUUAACCUGCAGUUGAGACUAGUUCAAUCCGUGAAGUGACUGAGAUGUAGUUACCUCUGUUUAUAAACCUCCUCACACGUGGUGAUUAUUGCGAGAUAUGACGCUAUCCCUGGCCAAUGAGAGCGCGAAAUGAUCACCAAAGCCAAUGAUUACUCUAAAAAGAGAUAAACACUAGAUUGGUCUAUAGGAAUUGAAGAUAGGAAGCGCUUGCUAUGCUAUAAUUGUUAAUUCUAAACAUUUGCUAAUACUAUUGUGUUAGCCAAUGGAAACAUUUUACCUUUUACUGUCAGCGACUAAACAUUUUUCGUGGAGAUUGUAGGUAUCCUCUAGUCUACAAACAGAUUCCAAGUUACCGAGCGUCUGUUCAGUAAUAGAUAACAGAAGACGUCAAAAUGCAGUAAGAUAGAAAAAAAGUGGCUGAUGGGACGUCUUCUUUGAUCUAUUACUGAACAAGCACAUGGCAACAUAGCCUGCAGAGCAGGCGUCCUUUAGGGCGCGCUAACGUCUUAAGCUCGUGAUCAUUUAUCCGACCGGCCAUGAUUGAUUUGGAGUUAGAGUGGACAGUGGGGUAAGGGGAAGGGCGAGAAGGUAAUCUUCACUCCCCCAUCCCCACCCCUCUCCUUUUUUUUGACCGUCGACCGCCUCCUUGGUACAAAUUUCUUUUUCUCCCCAGCGUUCCGCUGCCAUUUAAAUUAAAGGUGGCGGCCAUGAUUACUGAGCACUCGCCCGUCAAAAUUACGCCUGCUCUGCAGGUUAACAGCAACAUGGAAUUUAUUUGUUAAAUAGAUAUACCCUAUACUUAGUGUAAUAAGUCAUGAGAUUUACUGUUGUUUUGUUAUUGCUUUCGAUGGAAUUUGUGCUUAUUUUAAGUUACACCAGAAAUGGUUUUUUUAAAUAAAUAGAUCAGGC